AGACCCACAAUAGAGCAGCAGUAUGGGGAUCCCCAGGCCACAGAACAAUUCCUGAACUGGGUGAAAACACUGAUUGAUGUAAUGACAUCACGUUGUGCAAAGGAUGUCCUGAGGCAAAAUACAUUCCAGUCCAGGUUCCUAGACAGGUUCCUCCAGUACCUGGGAAAGUGGGAGAUGGCAGCAAAAGACGGAGGAUUUCUAAGCCAGAGUACUGCAGAAGGGCUUCGUGUGACCAUCUCCACAGCACUGGGACUGCUCAAGUACCUCGCGACUCUUGGAUUUGGAUACUUAAUGACGGCCCGAAUUAGUCAGGACCCAUUGGAAAGGUUGUUUGGUGUAGUUAGGCAGUUUUCUGGCCCAAAUGACCACCCAACUCCAUCACAGUUUUUAAUUACUGUAAACUGCCUUAGUUUUUACAAUUUAGCACGGUCACCAGCAGGAGCUAAUGUCAGUCAAGGUGUAUUAAGUGCUCUCUUAGAGUGCCAAGAUGCAAGACCUUCGCUAACAAGUUUGGUUGACAACUACAUCGAGUGUGGCCAACUUGAAAAGGCUGAAGAGGUCCUGUCUCAAGACCACAACACUCAUAUCAAAAGCAGUGACUCUCGCCUUGUGUACUACGUUGCGGGCUACACUGCAAGGAAAUGUGUUUUGCCGCUCAACUGCGAGGAGUGCACUUCAAUUUGCACUACGCCAAGUGCUGCACAGAGCGCAGACCAUCCAUCGUCGUACAUGAAAGAAUUUAACAGGGGUGGCCUACUCAACUGUUCAGAAACACUCUUCAGGCUUGUCUCCAAACUUGAAGAUGUCUUCACAAGGUUGUUUUCAUGCCAUAAAGUGCAUGCAGAUAGCCUACUAGAAGUCAUGGCAUGUGCUAGGGGAAGCCUUGAGAAUGUUGGCUGUCAAACCCAUAGUGAAUAUCUCACAAUGAGCAUUGUAAAAUUCUAUGCUGUGACCAGAAUGCACUUUCUCGUAAAGGGCAUUAACCGUUCUCGGGCAGAGCGGAGCAAAAAGCAGAAACUUUCAAAGGAGGCGCGUCUCCAGUGAAUACACUUACGUGAGCAUUGUGACCCGUGUACAGACGUUCUUUGUUUUGAU